UCUCUCUCUCUCUCUUAGAUUAAGUAAAUAGGCUAAUAAUAAGCUAAUAAGCAGAGCUAACCAUAAUCUUUGCUUUUCAGCUCAUACAACAAAUCAUUUCACAAAUCUGUUUGAUACUUGGCCGUGUUUUAUUUACCUGGGAUUUUGUCAGAAAAAAAAAAAACCCAUGAAUUUGUGUAGGGAGAAGAAAGUGACACUUCUUAAUUAACCCCAUCUUCUGGUCCUCCCUCUCUCUCUCUCUCUCUCUCUCUCUCACACACACACACACACACACACAGUGAGAAGAGAGAAGCGCAAUUUAGCAGCGAAAUUGCUUCUGUAAAGUAAUAAUGUUGUGCAGAAGCUCAAAGAUGGAAUCUUUAUCCCUACCCACAAAUUCUAUUCACACCCAAAUCUAAGCACAAAGAUUCGAUUAGGUGUUGACUAAAAUUGAGUUGACUUACGAAAAGCACAGCAUGACAGUUGGAUCAUCGAAGAAGAAGAAAAGUUGUUGGAAGUCAAUAGUGCCUCUUAGCUUCACCGAAAAAUCGGCACGCCGUUUCUGUUUAUUCUCGAAAGUGAAAUCGGAUAGUGAUAGUGCAAAAAGCGCUCCUGUUUUUCUCAAUGUGUACGACUUGACAACAAUCAACGGCUAUGUCUAUUGGGCUGGCCUAGGUAUAUUUCACUCCGGUGUAGAAGUUCAUGGAGUAGAAUACGCAUUCGGAGCUCACGAUUAUUCAUCAAGCGGUGUCUUUGAAGUAGAGCCGCGUCAAUGCCCGGGAUUUAAAUUCAGAAAAUCGAUAUUCAUUGGGACUACUUCAAUGGACCCCACUCAGGUUCGGGAGUUUAUGGAACGACAAGCCGCCUUUUACAACGGCGACACUUAUCACUUGAUCGUGAAAAACUGCAACCAUUUCUGCAAAGACAUUUGUUACAAAUUGACCGGAAAACGAAUUCCCAAAUGGGUCAAUCGCCUCGCUAAAUUAGGUUCGAUGUUCAACUGCGUAAUGCCCGAAGCACUCAAAAUCACGGCCGUUCAACAACACGAUCCGAAAACACAACCGUACAACGACAGCGAAAAGACGAGGCUGAGAAGUACUUUCAGUUGUCUCUCGUCAAUCUCUUACAGACAAAAACAGCUGUCGACUUCUUCUUUGCUGCUACAGUCUCCGUUGAAGGGCUGCCUAAUGCCAUGGGAGUUGAAAAGAUCGGCCAAUGGCUCCCUCAAGGAACGAUGAUCAUAAAUAAAUAUAAAAAAAAAAAAAAAAAAACCCGAUUUGUUUGUACGAGGAAAUUGCGAAUGCUGAUGGAGGCAAUAGUGUGUGAAUUUUUUUAAGGUUGCUCCUCUUUUUAUAUUUGGUAAUUUUUUUUUCCCAUAAAUUGUUGUAGAAGCUGUGUAUUCUUCUUAUGUUAGUAUGUCAGAUGAUUUGUAAAUCAACCUAAGUUGUUUCCUGCAUAAAGUAUCAAAGGUUCUUGUCCUGUUAAAA